CUUCUCCAUAUCUAUCUGAUGCCAUAAUCUACUAUAAACAAUUUCUAUUAUUCAUUUGUUUGUUAUUUAGGGAGCAACAAUUGUAGAUCAGAUCGUGAGCAUAACUCCGGCUGAAAAUCAUGUACCAAGAAGAGAAAUGCAGGAAGUGCGGGUUGUGGACAAUGCUGCAUGUCUCACGCCUACAGAAAAUAGUUCUCCUAGCAUUGAGGAUUCUGCAAGCCAGCCUAGCAGUGGAAAAAUGUAUGUUAAUAGAGCACAAGAAGUAGUUGCAACUGUGCUUGCUAAAGGUUCAGCAAUUGGACAAGAUGCCAUGAACAAGGCAAAAGCAUUUGACGAAAAACAUCGGUUAACAGCUAGUGCAUCUGCAAAGGUAUUAUCCUUUGACAGAAGGGUUGGGCUCACAGAGAAAUUGACAGUUGGAAUAUCAGCGGUUAACGAGAAAGUCAAGUCUGUAGAUCAAAAGCUUCACGUUUCAGAUAAAACAAUGGCUGCAAUCUUUGCAGCUGAGAGGAAACUCAAUGAUACAGGAUCUGCUGUCAAAACAAGCAAGUAUGUGACAGCAGGAGCUGCUUGGCUAAAUGGUGCUUUUGGCAAAGUCGCAAAAGCUGGGCAGGCAGCAGGUACAAAGACCAGAGAGAAGUUCCAUUUGGCUAUGUCAAACUUAAUUACAAAGGAACCCCCAGUUGUUGCCUAAGCUUUACCUCACUUCACUUGGCUUGGCUGCUUGCAUUCUCAAUGGGGGAUUGAAAUCAGUUUCUUCAAUUCUAUUUCUUCAGGUUAUUUUUUUCUUGAUGACUGUGCUCUAUUUUUUGUUUUUUUAAAUUUUAGUAUUAUUUUUUAUAUUGUUCAUAUUCUUUAAUUACAAGGAUGUUUGGCUGAUGAGAAUUUUGCAUUUGUAAAAUUGGUUAUGGAAGUAUAAAUAAAAAUCCAAUUAUGGUUUGUCUUAUACUCUUAAUUAUUUGUUUAGGAGUAAUCAAGUUUGUGGCUCAGCUUGCUUCUUGCUGA